AUAAAGGGCAGAGAGAGAAGAGGUAAAAAGUCAAUGCCGUGCGCUUUGUUCAACCUUGUCCAAGUCUCCUCUGAUUCAUCACCCUCGACGUAAUAUUACAGGUGGAGUGAGGCCCGUUUUGCAUAAUUUCCUGAUUGAGGAUGAUUACAGCUGAUGUGACUGCCUACCACUAUUUAAGGGAACUGAAAACUAUUCAGAGUUUCAGUCUACAGGAAAGAAGAUACAGUUUCUGCCAUUAACAUCAGCGAUCUACUGAGGGGUUAAAAGAAGGAGCGGCAGAAAUGUGGAAUCAAAAUGCAGGAAUACCACCACAGAGGCCACAGGUCUGCCCCAUCGCACCGAUUCCUGGAACAAACAUGUAUCCCACUGGGCCCAACGGGCAGCCGUACCCUACUCAGGGUUACCCUGGGUCCGUUCCUUACCCACCUGGUGGUUACCCCGGCAACCUGCCGGGAGGGUAUCCUGGUGACGGUGGGCACCCCCCCCACGGAUAUCACCCUCAAGGGCAACCCCCAUGUGGACCCAUGCCACCUGGGCAGCCGGGAAUGAUGCCCGGAGGCCCCGGUUAUCUACCUCAGCAGCCUGGUUGCUGCUCUGGAAAAAAGCAGAAACACUGUAAAAAAAGCUCUGGCCAUCACUGUCACAAGCAACGUCGAGAUUCAAGCAGUUCAGAUUCGGACUGAGGAACGGAUGGACAGUGCAACCUGGAAAGAAACUCUUUGGGAGUGAUCAAAACAUAAGAAAAUCAAAGCUCAAGAAUUGUAAUUAGCCCUGCUUCCCUUUCCCCUACCCCUAGCCUUUAGUCUGCACUGGCCUUUUCUAUUUCUGCAAAAUUAUUUCUUUUUUAUGAAGGAAAGGGCAAUGAUUGUCGUGAUAGUUGAAUUUUAAUAGCAUACACCUGAAAAACAGUACAGAUUAAUUUGAUCAUAGUACAUGGACUAAUUAUUAGUAUACUGCCACAUUGUGCUUGUACCCCAGAACGGCUGGAUGCUCGGGAAAUGAUUAAAACGUUUCAUGUUAUAUCUCGAUGGACUCAUAGCUCGGCGAGAGACUUGCCUGGUUCAUUAAAUUCGUCCCGAGUUUCCUCUUCAGGGAUGCAAAAGGCUAUUCCUAGAUCUGCCGUGGUUCCCGGAUUAUCCCUGUGCCAGCGGCUUCCAUUCUAAGCCUCGGUCUCUUUGUUUGGAACAUGAAGAAAAUGAUUGACCUACUCUUAAAGCUUGUAGAAAAGAAAAUUAAAACUAGGAUGAAGCUCUUGUCCAAA